AUGUCGGAUACAAAUGACAAACAUGUAAACAAGCAUUCAACAUUUCCGCUAUAUGAUGCGAAGGAACCAUAUUCAUUUAAAGUUUCUAGGGAUAAUGACAGAGACGUUUCAUCUAUACCUGAGUAUUUCAUUCAAGAUAAACAUAAUACAACAGGUAUUAGCACCACCCCGCCCAUUAAGAAUGGAAAAUCAUUCAAAAGAAAAAAUGAGUGUUUGGAUGAUAUUGAUAACUCAGAUUUGUCAUUAUUAUACUUUACUGAGGAAGGUCCAAGAAAAAAAUCGAAAUUGAUUGUUGAUGGUAUUAAUUCGUGUAGGAAAUGUACCAUUUAUAAAAACGAUACUAUUACUAAAGAACUACUUAACACUCAAACGAUAAAUGAUAAAGAUAUUACCCCAAUGACAACACUAACCACAACUAAAGAUGUAAAUGCCUCUAUCAAUGACAGGAACGAAGAUACUAUUUUGAGUACUGCCAUGAAGGAUACCACUAAUGAGGUAUAUAUUAAUUGUGCCAACUCAGUCAUUACCAAUGGAAAUGGUGACUGUCCCAUAACACCUACAAUUGAAACUCGGUCUGAAGUGCGUCGUAGCAAUAGUAAUAACAAUAACAAUAACACUGCAUUAGGUGCAUCAGAGGAAUUGCCUAUUUCACCAGUUGCCUCUCCGAGUUAUAUGUUAUCUUCUUCUUCUAUUUCCAAUUCUGAUGCAUCAUCCAAGGAAAACACCGCGGAAAAUGAUGACGACAACAAUGGCAUUACUCAAAAGGGCAUUUAUAGUCUAGAAAAAAAAUUAAUUGACUUCACGUCAAAUAUACAGUCUGACUUAUCCCCUAGCUCUUUUAAUUAUUUAGCAUUUCAAUUUUUGAAAAGAUUGAACAGAGGAAACUUAAGCGACUUAUGCGAUUAUCUCCAUUCUUCAUUAAAACAAGACAUUCCUAUGCUGUUACCACCAGAAAUCACUUUAAAUAUUUUAAAACAUUUGUAUUAUAAAGAUAUCAAAAGCAGCAUGCUAUUAAAUACGUCCUGGUAUAAUUUUAUAGUAAACACACCUGAUGUGUGGAAGCACCUAAUGUUAAAGGAGGGAUUUGUAAGACAAGAGGAAUAUAGAAAACAUUGCAUUGAUCCACCACCUAAUUACUUUAAAAAAGAUUUUUAUCGUCAACUUUUUUUGAAAAACCAAAAAUAUUAUGAAAAUUGGACUAAUCCGAAUUUUAUCCCUAAAAGGGUGAAUAUGAGAGGCCAUAUAACCAGUGUAAUAACAUGUUUAGAAUUUGAAAAUGAUUACAUUAUUACCGGUGCUGAUGAUAAAAUGCUUCAUAUAUAUGAUGCUAAUACAGGUACUUUGCAAAAAGAAUUAAGUGGCCACGAUGGCGGUGUUUGGGCUUUAAAAUUUCAUGCCAAGACUGGUUUACUAGUUAGUGGCUCGACGGACCGCACUGUUCGUAUUUGGGACAUAAAUACAGGGUGCAACAUAUUUAUAUUCAGAGGCCAUACUUCUACUGUUCGAUGUUUGGAUAUUAUAACCUUUGACGAGGUUACAUAUAUAGUUACGGGAUCAAGGGAUAACACAUUGCAUGUAUGGAAAUUACCUAAUCCGAACGCGCCUGGCUAUAAUCCAAAUAAGACUUUUUGCUAUAAUAGAGUUGACGACAAUCCUUUUUUUGUAGGUAUAUUAAGAGGCCAUACCGAAUCAGUCAGGACGGUUUCUGGACAUGAUAAUAUAAUAGUUAGCGGCUCAUAUGAUCACAAUGUAAGAGUUUGGGAUAUCAGACAGAUGAAAUGCUUGUAUAUUUUAACUGGCCACACAAAUAAGAUAUAUUCCACUAUUUAUGAUUAUAAAAGGAAAAAAUGUAUUUCUUCGAGUAUGGAUUUUACCAUUAGAGUUUGGGAUUUGCUAGAUAUUCAUUCUAAUGGUCCCUGUGAAACCCUUGAAGAUAAACAUUUUGAUGAUGAUCUUGACAUUGGUAGCAAUGCCGCUGCUGGUGCAAAAAAAUCUAAACGCUGUAUAAAAGUCAAUGGAUCUAUGGAAACGUUAUACGGUCAUACAGGGCUAGUAGGGUUGCUAAAAUUAACUGACAAAUAUUUGGUUAGCGCAGCAGCCGAUGGUACGAUAAGAGGUUGGGAUGCUAAUGACUAUUCCAAAGUUUUUUCUUAUAACCACAAGAAUGUUAGUGCCAUUACUACCUUUUACGUAACGGAUAAUAUUCUAGUUAGUGGUUCUGAAUAUCAAUUUAAUAUUUACGAUUUAAGAACAAACAAAUUAGUACAUUCUGAUCUAUUAAAAGAUGCUUAUCAGAUUUGGUCGGUUAAGUUUAAUAAUAGAAAAUUAGUUGCUGCGAUUGAAAAAUAUGGUCAGAGUAGAGUAGUGAUGCUCGAUUUUGGAAUUCGUCAAAGUUCAAUAAAGAAUCAAGGAAAAAAAGACAAAGGAGGUAAAGGUAAUUUAGUGGAAAAUGAUUCACAUGAAGAAGAAGAAGAAGAAGAAGAGGAAGAAGAAGAAGAUGAUGAUGAUGAAGAAGAAGAAGAGGAAGAAGAAGAAUAUGAUGAUGAAGAUGAUGAGGAGGAGGAGGAUCAAGAGGAGGAUCAAGAGGAGGGAGAUAACGCUUCUGCCAGUAUAAGCGUUAAUGGUGAGAAUAUUUUAAGAACUAAUGAUGCAGUUGAGAAUACUAUGGAUAUUAGUAGAAGUGCAGCUAUUAAUAUAGAAUACGAUGAGGCUAGCAAUGGUAAUCAACCACAACGAACUUAUUCACGAUUUCCUCAAGAAAAUGAAAUAAAUAAUGGCGAACAUGAUACCAUUUUAGAUUUGAAUAGUCAACAAGCUGAUGAGCAUGCUGUUUUGAAUGAAAUCUACAGGAGAAAUGUUUAG